AGAACAGGCUGAAGUGCUGCAUCACGGCCAUCACUCCGAACCUCUUGGAUUUCCUUCGUCCUUCUUGACUUGGAGAGCUAAAGAGGACCUGGACAGACCCGGAUCUGACCGUUUAUGGAAACUGCAACAAGUGCCUCGCGUGCAGUGAGGCGCGAGGUGGUCAGCAAAGCCCUCUUUGCUGCGGAUGAGAACAUGCUGAUCGAUGUUAAAAAAGAAGAUCGAAGACUAAACACUGAUACCAGCCCUCUGCGCUGUUUGAUUGGGUGUGACUCUCCUCCUCAGGCCGUGUGUGAGGGCUGCUCGCGCAUCAUCUCUGACCGCUUCCUGAUGCGAGUCAACGGCGCGUAUUGGCACCAGAACUGCCUGCAGUGUGCAGCGUGCCAGCAGCCGCUCAUUGCCACCUGCUACUUCCGGGACAGCAAACUGUUCUGCAGGAGAGACUACCAGAGAUUAUUUUCCACCAAGUGCAGUGGCUGUCUGGAGAAAAUCGCUCCAACAGAGUUUGUAAUGCGAGCUGUGCAGAGUGUUUACCACCUCAGCUGCUUCUGCUGCAGUGUCUGUGAGCGCCGGCUGAGCAAAGGAGACGAGUUUGUGCUGAAGGCUGGUCAACAGCUGCUGUGUAAGGCUGACUAUGUGAAAGAAAGAGACCUGCUGAGGACCAUGAGCCCGGACAGUUCAGAUUUAGAAAAGAGUGAGGAUGAGACUUCAGAUGUAAAGUCAGAAAAAUUUAUUACAGCAGAGAAAAGGAUUGAUGACAGCAAAGAUCCUCUGCGUCCUAAACGGCCGCGCACCAUUCUCACCACGCAGCAGAGACGUGCCUUUAAGGCUUCGUUUGAGGUUUCCUCCAAGCCCUGCAGAAAGGUCAGAGAAACCCUGGCAGCAGAGACCGGGCUAAGUGUUCGUGUGGUCCAGGUGUGGUUCCAAAACCAAAGGGCAAAGAUGAAGAAGUUAGCACGCAGACAGCAGCAACAGCAGGAGCAACACAGCAGUCAAAGACUGGGCCCAGAAGUAAUAUCUGGCUGUAUGGAUGGUCUGCUCAGCACCUUCACAGGGUCUCUGCCUCCAACCCAGCCCCAGUUGGUGACCAUAGAGCAUUGUGGGUACAACAUAGACUGCCUCCAGCAGGGCCUCACUCCACCUCAAAUGCCUGGUGACCACAUGAAUCCCUACGGUAUGGAUUCCAUUUUCCAUGACAAUGACAGUGACACCUCUAUGACAAGUUUAAGUGAGUCCUUUGUUGCCUUUCCAGGUGGAGGCUUCCUACAGGCACAAACAGGAAGCCCAAUAGACAGCCUUUACUCCAUGCACAGCUCCUACUUUGCUUCCUGAGACCUGGCCAUCAUUGUCUCAUGCUGCUGAAUAAAUAUUUUCCAAACUGUUCACAAAUAGGCAAAGUUAAAAAUCAAAUUGACUGAUUGUGUUUGAUUUGGGGAAUUUAAUGCAGCAAUAAAUAAAUAAAUAAAUACUUUCAAACAUGUUCAAACUUUUGUCAGUCAGCAUGUGUAAAGAGAUCCCAGAUCUAUCAGAAAUUGUUUUAUUCUAAGGACAUUUCAUAUAAGAAGGUAACUAUUAGUAAAUAUAAUUCUACUGACAUGAUUUUUGCGAACCGUCAAGUCUAUCUGGAUCUGUUCUUGUAUGUAUGUGUGAAAUGUAAUCUACACCCUAAAGCGGUGGUCCCCAACCUUUUAAGUACCGCGGACCGGUCAAGACUUCGCAAAUUUGCUGAGGACUCGCUGAGGACCGACACCGAUGCUGUUGCUGCUGUUUCUACAUCAUUCUGCUGCUUGUGGACUCAAUGUUGGCGCUCAAGACAUAACCGACAGAAUCCGGUAAAAGGAUUUUCAAAAUAAUAGAUUCUCCUGACUCAAUACAUAAAACGGAAGUAUUUAAUUAUUUCUUGCUCAGCCCGGUACCAAUUGAUCCACGGACAGGUACCGCUCCGCAGCCCGUGGGUUGGGGACCACUGCCCUGAAGAACACCCAGAAUUGCCCUUUAAAAUGGACAACUAUUUAUCUCUCACCAGCAUCCAUGUUACAUUUAAAAGGGCAUCAAAUGUAAAUAUCUAUCUUUUAAAUGAUGAAGGUUUGUUGUACACCAGAAGUCCGAAACUCCUUUUAUUCCUAUAAGUAUUUGGACAGUUGUAUUGUCUGAGAAAACUGCUGUUGCAUUGCUAUUUAUUUUCUAAUUUUAAGACAAUAAUGCGUUUUAAAAGACUCAACAAAUGUUGAUACCUUAAAUAAACAAUGCAUUCUUCU